AUGAAUCGCAUUGAUGCAGCCUUUAGUCACUUCUGGGAGGCCCUGGAGGAACGGAUGACCCAAGCACCAACUGAAAUCACUCUGCCAACAAGGGAAAUGAGACCUCAAGGAGGGAGGCCUGGGGGGCGCCUUGGACGCGAUUCUGGUGUCACACUGUCACUAGACAAGCUACCCACAAGCGUACCCGAGCCUAGAGUCAAACGGGGACCAACCCCACUUCUCCAGCCAUACAAGCAGAAGCGCUCAAGCCGAAUCCGACAACGACUGCUCAAACCUGAAGUGGACUUCUGCAAAUUCCCAAUAAGGGAGCACUUGGGCUCACAGAGUAACCGACUUUAUGGCGCAGGAGCGCUGGCUCUACAACAGACCUGGGGCCUGGGUGGGAGCCCCAUCUUGGUCUCCCAAUACUACUCAACAGCAUGUACUGUGCUUAGACGGCAGACGUCUGCCUUGCCAGGGCUUCGGCUGACAGUCACUUAUGGCGGACUGCUCUCCCAACGCAGAACCCUUUGCUACCCUUCACUAUGA